UUGUAUGAGAUGGCCUUCACUUCUCGUGAAAGGUUGUAAACCUAGUAGAACUUUGCUUCUUGAAUGCAACAACUUUCUACACGAAAGUAAAAAAUAGGUUUGGUUAAAGUUAGGUUAGAUUUUUUAAGGUGUCGCGAAACUACAUGGAUUUAUAAUCUUCCAUAUGAAAUGAGAGCCAUCUUACAUCAAAAGAUACGCAGUAUUUCGCGGCUGUGAUAUUUCCUAAACUUUCCUCAACUUUAAUUGUCAACUUUAACACUCAAUAUUUUAUUUCAUAGGGCAGUCUUAGACUUUUUUCUGCCAGAUUCUUUCAUUUUAUGCAAAAAUGUGUCAAAUGAGCAUCUUUCAUCGAAAUCAAAGUCAAGUCAUGAUACGCUCAAGGCUGCUCCGGGAGAAUGGACAGUAUAUACCGAAAGUAGGUUUUAUGACUAGGAGACAUUUCUUCAACAACGAAGAGACUGGUUAUUUUAAGACUCAGAAGCGUCCUCCUGUCUCCCAAAAUCCUAUGACGGAUCCAAAUAUGAUGACUGAAAUGCUGAAAGGAAAUGUGACUAAUGUCUUGCCUAUGGUACUAAUCGGUGGUUGGAUCAAUUGGAUGUUUUCUGGAUUUGUAACAACUAAAGUACCAUUUCCAUUAACCCUACGUUUCAAGCCAAUGUUGCAACGUGGUAUAGAAUUAGUUACGCUGGAUGCUGCAUGGGUUUCUUCUGCCUCGUGGUAUUUUCUCAAUGUAUUUGGACUAAGGUCCAUUUAUACACUUGUACUUGGUGAAAAUAAUGCUGCAGAUACUACAAGAGUAGUACAAGAUCAAGUAUCAGGAGCUGCAAUGUCUAUGCCACCUGAUCCAAAAGCAGCUUUCAAGUCUGAAUGGGAAGCAUUGGAAAUUUGUGAACAUAAUUGGACAUUACAAGGAGUAGAUAUUGAGCUCAUGGGUAUCCAAUCAAAAAUGGACCUAACUGAUAAUAUAUAUCAUUAAGGCAAAGCAAAUUGAUAUUUAAUAAUCAAAUUAUUAUUUAUUGUACAAAUUUCAAAAAAAUUGAAUUUAUUUAUAUGUUAAAUAGCAAUUUUUGCAAUAUCUAUCUAAGAUACAAUAUAAAAGUUUUUGUUUUUUAAUAAAUAAUUUUUAAUAAAAUGAUUUAAAA